GCCCCGUUUCUGAGCCGCCUCACUCUGCAGCCCGGCGCGGCGGGACCGCGGCAGCGGCGAAUGUGCCGCCCCCCGCGGGCAGCCCCGGGGGAGAGACGCGGGUGCUCGGGCAGCGAUCCGCGGCCGCCGGAACAUAUGGUUUGAAGAAGAUUCUGGAACACAGAGGAGCAACUGAAAGUCUUCAAGAAUAUUUCUUGUCUUCUCUAAACUCAGAAAACAAUCUUUUCACCUUCUGGAUGUCCAAGCCUUUCACCUUAAGCUUUACAUUUGCUGCCUGAAAACCAAUUACCCUCUCAAUCUCUUGCUGUUUAAAGGGGCUGGCAAGCUGAACUCACUCACUGACCAGCAUGGCGAAGGUUACAAUUGCUUUAACUGUUUGCCAGUUGGUGCUAGAAUUGCUAAUGAAUUCAUUAACUGAGUCUUCCAUGCAGAGUAACGAAUGUCCACAGCUUUGUGUAUGUGAAAUCAGGCCCUGGUUUACACCACAGUCAACGUACAGGGAAGCCACAACAGUUGACUGCAAUGACCUUCGGUUAACAAAAAUCCCCAGCAAUCUUUCCAGUGACACUCAAGUCCUUCUCUUACAAAGCAACAACAUUGCAAAGACCACAGAUGAACUCCAACAGCUGUUUAAUUUAACAGAACUGGAUUUUUCACAAAAUAACUUCACAAGUAUCAGAGAUGUGGGGCUCUCGAAUCUCAGUCAACUUACUACUUUGCACCUGGAGGAAAACCAGAUAACGGAGAUGACUGACUACUGCUUGCAAGACCUUUGCAAUCUUCAGGAGCUAUAUAUAAAUCACAACCAGAUCAGCAGCAUUUCUGCAAAUGCAUUCUCUGGCCUGAAAAACCUUUUGAGAUUACAUCUCAACUCUAACAAAUUGAAGGUUAUUGACAGCCGUUGGUUUGAUUCUACUCCUAACCUUGAGAUUCUCAUGAUUGGAGAAAAUCCAGUGAUUGGAAUACUAGAUAUGAAUUUCAAACCACUUUCAAAUUUAAGGAGUUUAGUUUUGGCAGGUAUGUAUCUCACAGACAUUCCUGGCAAUGCCUUGGUAGGCUUGGAUAGUCUUGAAAGUCUUUCCUUCUAUGACAACAAAUUAGUAAAAGUUCCUCAGCUUGCACUUGAGAAAGUCCCAAAUUUAAAAUUCCUGGAUCUCAACAAAAAUCCAAUUCAUAAAAUUCAGGAAGGUGAUUUUAAAAACAUGCUCAGAUUGAAAGAGCUUGGAAUCAAUAACAUGGGAGAACUCGUUUCUGUUGAUAGGUAUGCGCUUGACAACUUGCCUGAACUUACAAAGCUUGAAGCCACCAACAAUCCAAAGCUGUCUUACAUACAUCGUUUGGCAUUUCGCAACGUUCCUGCCCUGGAGAGCUUGAUGCUGAACAACAAUGCCUUGAAUGCAGUCUACCAAAAGACAGUGGAAUCCCUUCCAAACCUGCGUGAGAUCAGUAUCCACAGUAACCCACUCAGGUGCGACUGUGUCAUUCACUGGGUCAACUCAAACAAAACCAAUAUCCGUUUCAUGGAACCUCUAUCCAUGUUUUGCGCUAUGCCCCCUGAAUAUAGAGGGCAGCAGGUGAAAGAAGUGAAGGAUUCAAAUGAACAAUGUCUUCCAAUGAUCUCUCAUGAGACCUUUCCAAAUCACUUAAACUUGGACAUUGGCAUGACAGUGUUUUUAGACUGUCGGGCCAUGGCAGAACCUGAGCCAGAAAUUUACUGGGUCACUCCUCUCGGCAAUAAAGUAACUGUUGAAAGUCUGUCUGACAAAUACAAGCUGAGCAGUGAAGGCACCUUGGAAAUCUCUAACGUCCAGGUUGAAGACUCCGGGAGAUACACCUGCGUUGCUCAAAACGUAGAAGGGGCUGACACAAGGGUUGCUACUAUCCGGGUGAAUGGAACACUUCUGGAUGGUACCCAGGUUCUGAAAAUCUUCGUCAAGCAAGCAGAAUCGCAUUCCAUCUUAGUUUCUUGGAAGGUUAAUUCCAACGUCAUGACUUCCAAUUUAAAGUGGUCAUCAGCCACUAUGAAGAUUGACAACCCUCACAUCACAUACACUGCUAGGGUCCCAGUUGAUGUACAUGAAUAUAACCUCACACAUUUACAACCAUCUACAGAUUAUGAAGUGUGUCUAACUGUGUCAAACAUCCAUCAGCAAACACAGAAGUCCUGUGUUAAUGUUACAACAAAAAAUGCAGCUUUUGCGCUAGAUAUUUCAGACCAAGAGACCAGCACUGCCCUCGCAGCAGUAAUGGGGUCCAUGUUUGCUGUCAUCAGCCUCGCCUCCAUUUCUGUUUAUAUUGCAAAACGAUUUAAGAGAAAAAACUACCACCACUCAUUGAAAAAAUAUAUGCAAAAGACCUCUUCAAUCCCCCUGAAUGAGCUCUACCCUCCACUUAUUAAUCUCUGGGAAGGCGACAGUGAAAAAGACAAGGAUGGUUCUGCAGAGACCAAGCCAACCCAAGUCGACACAUCCAGAAGCUAUUACAUGUGGUAACUCAGAGGAUAUUUUGCUUCUGGUAGUAAGGAGCACAAAGACUUUUUUGCUUUAUUCUGCAAAAACGAGAAGUUGAAGACUUUUGUAUUUUUGACUUUGCUAGUUCGUGGCAGAGCAGUGAGGACAGGUGGAUAUUUCAGGAUUUUUUAGUAUAGCGUAUCGCAAUUGUCUGACACAAAUGGCAGCUUCACCUGGCUUCCAAUCCUGGUUUCCUUUCUUUUUCCUCCUUUUUUUUUUAGUUAUUGUGCUAAACUUAAUGCUGGUCUAACUACAGUGCUGAAUACAAUUAAUGAGAGGCUGGGGUUACCCUGUGAUCCAAAAGUAGCACAACCCCAUUCCUCCGAAGCCAUCAGUAGAGUACAGUAUCUUGCAACGCUAACAUACAGUUUGGAAACUGCAUUGAACUAGGUUUGUAACACUGGUCUAAGGACUCGUACACUGAGAAAAUGAGACCUUGAAUGAUGUUAGUUGACUGUACUGUAAUGUUGUAUCAACUGAUUUGAAUGUUCUUGACUCUGAACAAUGGGUUUUCUUUUUUUAUUCUUAUUUUUGUAGUAGUUGAGAAAAGCUUAGGUAAAGCUAACAGGCAAUAGGAAUACGUACAUCCAGUUUUUUAAUGUAACAGACUAAAUGUUAAUUGUUCUCUUAUUCUUUUUAUUCUAUUUAGUAGACACUUUUGAAGAAUACUAGAGUUUUGUGUUUAAAUCACCAACACAUGGUGUUGAAUGAAGGCAGAGCUAUAAUAAAUUUAGUUUUGUUCUGGUUUUUUAUUUUAGAAGUCACAACAAUGUACUGGGUUUAGCUGUCACUGGUUUGACUGGUGAUCAUGUUUUGACAUCAAAUAUAUCCAAAAUGUUAUAUAAAAAUA